AUGAGAGUUCCAGAGCCCUUACUACUCACGACAGCCUCUGCCAUCUUGGCAGGCAUGGCCAACGCAGGUCUCACUGUUGAUCUGGGUUAUUCGACCUAUGAAGGGUACUAUGACUCAAUCUACGAGCUGAAUGUCUGGAAAAGCAUCCGAUAUGCCGCCCCUCCAAUAGGAAACCUGGGCUGGCAGGCGCCUGCGCCUCCAGUACAGAACAACACUCAUAUCACGCAAGCGGUGCAGCAGCCGCCGAUGUGCCCGCAAUCAGGAGCUGCCAAGACACCAGCCGUCUAUGGAUUCAAUUCCGGCGCCGGAGAUGAAGACUGUCUGUUUUUGAACCUCUAUGCCCCGCCUGGUGCCCAGGACUUGCCAGUCUUCUUAUGGAUCCGUAUGGUGCACGCAAUCCUAUAG